AUGAGAUUUACAAACUCAAUUAUUGUUCUAAGUAUAAUUUUCUACCUCAGCUUUUGGUGCUUGUAUGUUUCUGCACAAGGUCAAAACAUAUGUCUUGGUUCAUCUAUACCAGAAGGAUAUGUCAUUACAAGAUUAAAUCCUCAUGGCUGUGGUAUAAACAAUGUGCAACAGUACAUUGAACCAGUUAGAAAUGGAGUGGAAAUUUGUCUUGGAUCUCCUCUUCCAACUGGAUAUGUCAUUACACGAUUAAACAGAAAUGGUUGUGGAGGUGUGGGUCAGUAUAUUGAGUUAGUACGUGAUGGAAUGCAAAUUUGUCUGGGUUCUCCAUUACCAGAUGGAUAUGUGAUAACUCGAUUAAAUCCAAAUGGAUGUGGUGGUGUUGGAAGAUAUAUCGAGAAGGCACGAAGUGGAAUGCAGAUCUGCCUUGGCUCUCCUAUACCACAAGGAUAUGUCGUUACUCGUGUUAUUCCAAAUGGUUGUGGUGGUACUGGACAAUAUAUUGAGCUUCUUAUCGGUGGCCGAUAA